AUGUCCGGCUCCAUCGCCUCGUACGACCAGCUGGUGCGGCAGGUGGAGGCGCUGAAGAAGGAGAACAGCCAUCUCCGGCGGGAGCUGGAGGACAACUCCAACCACCUCUCCAAGCUGGAGAAUGAGACCUCGGACAUGAAGGAGGUCCUGAAGCAUCUCCAGGGCAAGCUGGAGCAGGAGGCGCGGGUCAUGGUGUCCUCGGGGCAGACGGAGGUCCUGGACCAGCUGAAAGCCCUGCAGAUGGACAUCACCAGCCUCUACAACCUCAAGUUCCCGCCGGAGGUGGCCGGAGCCGGGCGCAGCGCCGAGGACAGCCCACCGCCACCCGUGCCCCAGCGGGACAGUGUCGGGGACCUGGGCAGAGCCACUCUCCGGCUGCUGGAGGAGCUCGACCGGGAGAGGUGCUUCCUGCUGGGCGAGAUCGAGAAGGAGGAGAAGGAGAAGGUGUGGUACUACACCCAGCUGCAGAGCCUGGCCACGCGCCUGGACGAGCUGCCCCACGUGGAGACGUUCUCCAUGCAGAUGGAUCUGAUCCGGCAGCAGCUGGAGUUCGAGGCCCAGCACAUCCGCUCGCUGAUGGAGGAGCGCUUCGGGACGGCGGACGAGAUGGUGCAGCGGGCGCAGAUCCGGGCAUCCCGGCUGGAGCAGAUCGACAAAGAACUCAUGGAGGCGCAGGACAAGGUGCAGCAGCCGGAGCCGCAGCUCUGUGGGAAGGUCCCGGGCAUGGAGGGGGACGGCAGCCUGGACCCCCCGACCCACCCCGAUGAGGGGGGCAGCAGCCUGGGCAGCAGCAAGGUGGAGGUGGUCUUCUGGCUCCUGUCCAUGUUGGCCACGCGGGACAAGGACGACAUGUCCCGCACGCUGCUGGCCAUGUCCAGCUCGCAGGAGAGCUGUCUGGCCAUGCGCAAGUCGGGCUGCCUGCCACUGCUCAUCCAGAUCCUGCAUGACUCGGACGGCGAGCCAGGGCCCCCCGAGAGCCCCGCCGGCGCCAAGGAUGCCCGCAUGCGUGCCAACGCCGCCCUCCACAACAUCGUCUUCUCCCAGCCCGACGAGGGCCAGGCCAAGAAGGAGAUGCGGGUGCUGCACGUGCUGGAGCAGAUCCGCUCCUACUCGGAGACGUGCUGGGACUGGCUGCAGAUGCAGAGCAGGGACGGGGGCCGAGGCCCCGAGGGCGGCGCGGGUACGGGGGCAACGCCGGUGCCCAUCGAGCCCCAGAUCUGCCAGGCCACCUGCGCCAUCAUGAAGCUCUCCUUCGAUGAGGAAUACCGGCGGGCCAUGAACGAGCUGGGCGGGCUGCAGGCGGUGGCCGAGCUGCUGCAGGUGGACUACGAGAUGCACAAGAUGACGAGCGACCCCCUAAACCUGGCGCUGCGGCGCUACGCGGGGAUGGCCCUCACCAACCUCACCUUCGGCGACGUGGUCAACAAGGCGACGCUGUGCUCCCGCCGGGGCUGCAUGGAGGCCAUCGUGGCUCAGCUGGGCUCCGACAGCGAGGAGCUGCACCAGGUGGUCUCCAGCAUCCUGAGGAACCUCUCCUGGCGGGCUGACAUCAACAGCAAGAAGGUGCUGCGGGAGGUGGGCAGCGUGACCGGGCUGACGCGGUGUGCGCUGCACGCUGGCAAGGAGUCCACGCUGAAGAGCGUCCUGAGUGCACUGUGGAACCUGUCGGCACACAGCACGGAGAACAAAGCCGCCAUCUGCGCGGUGGAGGGAGCCCUGGGCUUCCUGGUGAGCACCCUCACCUACAAGUGCCAGAGCAACUCGCUGGCCAUCAUCGAGAGCGGCGGUGGCAUCCUCAGGAACGUCUCCAGCCUCGUCGCCACGCGGGAGGACUACAGGCAGGUGCUCCGGGACCACAACUGCCUGCAGACGCUGCUGCAGCACCUGCGCUCGCACAGCCUCACCAUCGUCAGCAACGCCUGCGGCACCCUCUGGAACCUGUCCGCCCGCAGCCCCCGUGACCAGGAGCUGCUCUGGGACCUGGGGGCGGUCAGCAUGCUGCGCAACCUCAUCCACUCCAAGCACAAGAUGAUCGCCAUGGGCAGCGCGGCCGCUCUCCGCAACCUCCUCACCAACCGGCCCCCCAAGUACAAGGACGCCACCGUCGUCUCGCCUGGCUCCUGCAUGCCCUCACUCUACAUGCGCAAGCAGAAGGCGCUGGAGGCCGAGCUGGAUGCCAAGCACUUGGCCGAGACAUUCGACACCAUGGAGAAGCAGAGCCUGAAGAGCCAGAGCGCCAAGAAGCCAACGCGGCACAUGGAGAGCCUGGUGAAGGACUACGCCUCUGACUCGGGCUGCUUUGACGAUGACGAGGUGCCCAACAUCUCUACCGGCGUGGAAACGGCCAGCGCCUCCGUCCUCUCCAUGUUCCUCAACUCUUCCUUCCUCCAGGGGCAGGCGCUGCCCCGGGCGCUGGCACAGAGGCGAUGCCCGGAGCCGGAGAAGGAUGGCAGUGGCAAGCCAGCUGAGCUCAAGAAGCUGCCGCUGCCGGAGGACGAUGUCUCGCUGGCUGCCGAGAAGUUGGCCAACAAGAUCUCCAGCACGGUGGCCAAGAUCGACAAGCUGGUGGAGGACAUCUCCACCAUGCACACAUCCUCAGAUGACAGCUUCAGCCUCAGCUCAGAGGACCAUUGCCUGGACUGGCAGUACGGCCCCGAGGAGGUGCACGAGGCACGUGCCCAGUCCUGCUCACCAUGCCGCCUCUCGGACGCUGGCGGCUUCGCCAAGCGGGAGAGCCUGAGCCAGGCGCACACACUGCUGCGGCUGAAGACCGCCUACACCAGCCUGUCCAACGACAGCCUGAACAGCGGCAGCACCAGCGACGGCUACUGCACCAAGGAGCACAUGAAGCCCUGCACCAGGGCUGCCUUUCUCGACUACCGGGACGAGCUGCAGCGGUACCAGAAGCGGCCGAGCCGGCUCGACCUCAAGAGCAUCCUGGGCAGCAAGCUGGAGCGGGUUGAACCCCCUGUGAGCAGCAAGCUCUCCUCUGACCCCCAGGUCCGCACCAUCAAACUCUCCCCAUCCUACCAACAUGUCCCCCUGCUCGAGAGCCUGGCCAAGAGCGGCACGGCUGCCGGCUCCGGCCACCACCCCUCCCUCCUGGGCAGAAAGCAAGCCUGGCUCCCCCCUGCACUGCUGCAGACGGCCGAGACCUUGAGCAAGAUCCCGGAGAAGCUGCCUGCCCACCCGCCGGCCACAACGGAGCAGGAGUCGGUGCAGAAAUACUCGGUGGAAGACACCCCGAUCUGCUUCUCCCGGUGCAGUUCCCUCUCCUCCCUUUCCUCAGCCGACAACGUGCUGGAUGGGCAGAGCCACAGCGAGAACGACCUGGACAGCGACUCCUCCCUGGAGAUCCUGGAGAUGGAGGAAGGGGAUGGGGAAGGUGAGGAUGGGAGGCAGGAGAAGGAGAAGGUGGCAGAUCUGGGUCCGGCCACACCGGUGAAGAUUUCUCAGCCCAUCACUAUCCCCUUCCCGAAGCGUGACAAGGUCUUCCUGCGGGAGUCAUCACCAUCACGCCAGGACGACCUCACGCCCUCGAGCUCCUCGGAGAACUACAUCCAGGAGACGCCACUGGUGAUGAGCCGCUGCAGCUCCGUCAGCUCCCUGGGCAGCUUUGAGAGCCCCUCCAUCGCCAGCUCCAUCCAGAGCGACCCUUGCAGCGAGAUGAUCAGCGGCACCAUCAGUCCCAGCGAGCUGCCCGACAGCCCUGGGCAGACCAUGCCGCCCAGCCGCAGCAAGACGCCCCUCUUCGAGCUGGGCUGCCAAGCAGAGAAGGAGACCAGCCAGUUCAACAUCCAGUGGGAGAACAACGUCAAGAAGUUCAUGGAGAUCACCGAUUUCAAGGAACGCUUCCAGCUGCCCCAGGACCUGGACUCCAUGGUCUACUUCACGGUGGAGAAACCCAACGAGAACUUCUCCUGCGCCUCCAGCCUGAGUGCCCUGCCCCUCCACGAGCACUAUGUCCAGAAGGACGUGGAGCUCAAACUGAUGCCCACAUUCCCGGAGAAGAACAGCCUGAAUUUCGCAGCUCACGAGAAGCGGGAGGAGCGGCGAGAAGAGCGGUACCUGGAGGGCCGGCGGCGGGCUGACCGCCCUGAGCCCCCCUCCGACGACGACAUCGAGAUCCUGAAGGAGUGCAUCAGCUCCGCCAUGCCCUCCCGCUUCCGCAAGGUGAAGACCUCCCUGCUCUCUGGCCAGGUCCUCCACCCCCAGACGAAGAAGCCGGUGCAUGUCCCUGUCUACAUGCUGGUGCCAGCCCAUGCACACCCCGGUGAUGACGACUCCUUCACUGACUCGGCCGACGGGACCCCCGUCAACUUCUCCAGCGCUGCCUCACUGAGCGACGAGACCCUGCGCUACCCAGCCGCCGAGGAGGCUGAGCACCCCCGCGGCCCAGGGACGGGGCGCCCGGCGGAGGUUCUGCCCGAGGGGCACCACGAGGCGGGCAGUGCCGGCACCAUCCCGGCCAGGAGGGCUGCCUCCGGCAGCUCGGCGCCUGCCCGGCUGAGCUCAGCCUGCAAAGGGAAAGCGGGGCCGAGCCGUGGCCAAGGUGGGGAGGGGAAGCGGGGCCAGCCCCCAACAAAGAGUGGAUCUGGGCUGGAGCUGGAGGUGGGGAGGACCAGUGGUCCCCCCGGGAGGAAGAAUGCUCCCCAGGAGGACGGGGUGGCCUUCCAGUCACUGUGCCACACCACGCCAACGGAGGAAGCUGUCUACUGCUUCUAUGAGCAGGACUCGGACGAGCCGCCCGAGGCGGGCAGGGAGGGGUCCGGCAGCAGAGCCCAGCCCGGCCGGGCACCCAGGAGGGAACGCUGGGGUGGCUCCGUCCCCCGGAGGGAGCCCGAGCCCGGUCCCCGGCCAGCGAAGGCGAAACCGCAGAACAACCUCAUCGCUGACGAGACGCCACCGUGCUACUCCCUCAGCUCCUCCAUGAGCUCCCUGAGCGAUGCCAACCUCUCCGAUGGCGAGGAGCGAGGCCAGCCCUGCGGCAAAGCCCCCCGGCCGCGGUCGGCCGCGGCGGCAGGGCAGGCACAGGGGGGCUCCCCCAGCUCCCCCAGCCUCAACUCGGAGGAUGACCUGCUGCAGAAGUGCAUUGGCUCGGCCAUGCCCAAGCGCCGGCGGCCCUCAGCUCGCCGGAGGAUGGUGGAGCGCAAGCAGAAGCCGCUGGGCGCUGGUGGGAGGGAACGGAAAGCAGAGGCAAGGCAUCGCCCUGCCGAGGAUGCCGACUCUGACCGGGGCUCGGACCUGGACAGCGUGGAGUGGCAAGCCAUCCAGGAGGGUGCCAACUCCAUCGUCACCUGGCUACACCAGGCUGCUGCCUCCCUCUCGCGGGAGCCUUCCUCCGAGUCUGACUCCAUCCUCUCCUUCGUGUCAGGGCUCUCGGUCGGGUCGACCCUGCAGCUCUCCCUGGGCAGGCAGGAGAAGAAACGGGCUGGCAGUGCAGCUGGCCGGGAUGCAGCGAGGAGGGAGCACAGCAAGAGCCGCCCAGAGAGGAAAGACACGCCGGGUGCCCGUCCCGCCGGCCGUGGAACCGCCAGGGCGGAGCGGAGCCCGGUGCCCACCAAGCCGGUGCCCAACCUGCCCGUGGUCUUCCGCGGCAGGACCGUCAUCUACAUGCCCAGCCUGGCCAAGGACGCCCCCAGCCCGCGGGCCACCCCGAAGAAAAGCCCCGCGGCGAAGCCCGAGGCGCCACCGGCCAAGAACCUCUCCCUGAGCCAGCAGCGCUCACGGAGCCUGCACCGGCUGGGCAAGCCCCCCGAAACCAGUGACCUGGCGCUGCCCAAGAGGAGCACAACACCGCCCGCCCGCAUCGGCAAGGGUCCCCCCUCCUCGGGCUCCUCCCGCACCUCCACCCCCUCCCAGCACGCACCCAAGAAGCUGCCGUCGCCCUCCCAGCUCGCCAAGCAGGGUCCCCCGGCUGCGGGCAAGGCGGGCGGCUCGCCCUCCCCACCAGGACCCCCGGCCAGAGCUCCAGCCCCCAAGUCCCCGGCCCCCAAGCAGUCCAAGACGCAGAAGUCACCCGUCCGCAUCCCCUUCAUGCAGAAGCCCAGCAGGAAGGUGCUGCCGGGUCGGGGAGCCAUGCCGGUGCUGGAGGAGCAGGCGGAUGGUGGCAAGGUACGGGGCGGCGGGCCGGGGGGCAGCCGGCUCAACCUGGUGCGGAUGUCGUCCGCCCGUUCCAGUGGGAGCGACUCGGACCGCUCCGGCUUCCUGCGCCAGCUCACCUUCAUCAAGGAAUCCUCCAGCCUGCUGCUGCGGCACCGUGCCGAGCUCUCCCCGGCACAGCCGGCGGCCUCACUGCCUCGCCGCGCCUCCCCGCAGCGCAGCCGUGCCACCCUCCCAGCCGUCUUCCUCUGCUCCUCCCGCUGCGAGGAGCUCAAGGCGGCCAAGCCAGCGGCCCCCAGCCCACGGCCCCUCGUCACCAGGGCCCAGCCUGGCAGCAAAGUCCCCGCCGGUGCCAAGCCACCACGGAGGACCAGCUCCGAGAGCCCCUCCCGGCUGCCGGUGAAGACCAGCAUCCCCGCGCCCGAGCCCUUCAAGAGGUACUCGUCUUCGCCCAACAUUAGUGUGCCACGGAGGACGGGCAGCCCUUCCUCCGUCCUCUCCACCCGCUCCGAGGCUUCGGCACGGCGGCGGCAGACUGAGGCAGUGCCCGGCGGGCAGCCAGCGAAGCCACCGGUGGUGGUGAUGAAGGGCACGUGGCGGAGGAUUCGGGACGAAGACAUUCCCCACAUCCUCAAGAGCACGCUGCCCUCCUCUGCUCUGCCGCUGGCGGGCACCGGCGAGGAGGAGCGCCCCGGCACCCCCGGCCCCAGGAAGACCAGCGAUGCCGUGGUGCAGACCGAGGACUUCUCCACCACCAAGACCAACUCCAGCACCUCUCCCACCCUGGAGACCCGCGAGGGGCCCCCACAUGCCCGCGCCGCCUGCGAUGGUGAAGCCCCGGCCCCUGCCAAGACCACCCUGCCCAUCUCCUUCGGCCACGAGGCACCGGCCGGGACCUUCCCUGGCAGCCGCCAUGGCUCCCCGAGCAGAGCCGCCCGUGUCACCCCCUUCAACUACGUUCCCAGCCCCAUGGCGGUGACAGUGGUGGCUGACAAGGCGGUGGAGAAAAUCCAAGCUUGAGCAGCUGCCGCACGGAUGACGCCGUGGCAAGGGUCCCGUGACCCCCCCGCCCCAUGGGAGCUGCCCAGGACCGUGCUGGGGGGGGGAAAG